AUGCCCACAAUUAUUCGAGGUCCUAUCUCAUGGUCGGAAUCAGCGUUGAAAGAGGCUUUGAAGGACAAACUUGAAUCGAAUAUUGGACACUGCGAUGCGGUUUGCGAAGAUUGCAAAGCCCUUCACUGGCCAGCUGAGCGAACUAAAGCUUUACAAGGAACAAAGACACAUAAAUAUGGGCCCUGCUGUCAAGGCAGAAAAGUAAUGCUACCGGAACACUACUUUCCUCAGAAGCCAGUUACUGACGUGAUUAAGUGGCUUCUAACCUCCGCUGAUGCAGAUGCCGCGGGUGCGCGACGCCGAAUCAGAGACUACAACAAUGCGCUAAGCUUUACAUCCAUGGAGGCAAAAGGACAAGACCGGGACGUCACGGGCCCCAAAGGGGUAUUUACCUUUCGAUUGAAUGGGCGUUUACAUCAUCGGCUUGGUUCCGCAUUACCUGUGAACAAAAACAACCCGUGUUUUGCUCAAAUUUAUACGGUUGGAGAUGGAGGAACCCAAGAAGCACAAAUGAGACAAAAACACCACAGAGUAAAAUUGAAUAAUGAACUUUUACUCAAAUUGCAAGCAGCCAUUAAUGAUAGUAACGCCUAUGCUAAAUUGCUCAAAAACGCAAAUGAAAUUUUGUUGAACAACCCUGGUAGCAAGUUGGUGAUUAAAUGUGUUAAACCGGGGAAAAGGAUAAUUUGA